AUGUUCGGUGUCCUCUCUCGCCAUGCCUUAUCAGCUUCGGUCUUGCGGCGGUCAACAGCAUCCGCUCGUCAGCUUCAUAGCUCGGCACAGGCUUAUGCACUCAGCAAGUUCACGAUGCCCGCUAUGUCCCCUACGAUGACUGAGGGCGGCAUCGCAAAUUGGAAGAAGAAAGAGGGAGAAAGCUUUGCGGUUGGAGAUGUCUUACUUGAGAUUGAAACUGACAAAGCUACAAUGGAUGUUGAAGCUCAGGACGAUGGUAAAAUUGCGAAGAUCAUUGUGGCCGAUGGCGCAAAAGCUGUCCCAGUCGGAAAAGCGAUUGCAAUCUUUGCAGAAGAAGGGGAGGAAGUGAACACCAGCGAGGUUGAAAAAUUAAUAUCUGAAAGCGAAGCAUCGGCAGCACCACCAACUCCUAAAGAAUCCUCAGAGCCUAAACCAUCGAAAUCAGAGCCCGCCAAAGAAACCAGCGCACCAUCCUCAUCAAGCUCCCCCUCCUCCAAGCCAUCCAGCCACUCCGCACCGAGGUCUGCGAUUUUCGCCACCCCAUCCGCUAAGCGUAUCGCCCUUGAGAAAGGGAUUCCAUUGGCGUCGAUCAAAGGAUCUGGCCCCAACGGACGAAUCCUCGAAUCGGACCUAGCCUCAUACUCGAAAGCUGGGGGAGCUUCGUCCGCCUCUUCGGCGUCGACGUCCGGCGCCCCCUAUGAGGACCUCCCAGUAUCAAACAUGAGAAGGACCAUCGCCAAUCGAUUGGGCGCAAGUAAGCGUGACGUACCGCAUUAUUACUUGACAUCCGAGAUUCAGAUGGAUCGAGUCAACCGUCUUCGAGCGCUUUUCAACAAGGCUGCUGAAGAACGAGCUGCUUCUUCGAAGGCCGGUGGACUGAAGGCUCCCACCAAGUUGAGCGUUAACGAUUUCGUCAUCAAGGCUUCUGCCUUGGCCUGUGCAGAUGUCCCGGAAGUGAACUCGAGCUGGCAAGAAGACUUCGUCAGACAAAACCAUCACGUAGACAUUUCGGUAGCAGUUGCCACGCCAACUGGUCUGAUUACACCGAUUGUAACGAACGUAGGUAGUCGAGGAUUAGGAUCGAUCUCAGCGGAAAUCAAAGCCUUGGCGACGAAGGCGAAGAACAACCAACUCACCCCGCCAGAAUACCAAGGAGGGACGUUCACCGUCUCGAACUUGGGCAUGUUCGGCUCAGUCAGUCAUUUUACGGCCAUCAUCAAUUCGCCUCAAUCUUGCAUCUUGGCCGUCGGUGGGGCCGAGAAGAAGUUGGCGAUCGAUGAUGAUCCUGCCGGCAAAGGAUUCAAGGAGAUUGAGGUCAUGAAGGUCACCUUGAGCUGCGAUCACCGUGUUGUCGAUGGGGCUGUUGGAGCUAGAUGGUUGAAGGCAUUCAAGGGUUACAUGGAAAAUCCGCUUUCAUUCAUGCUUUAA